AUGAACCGCGCUCCCAUCAUCGUAUCCAUCUGGGAGUCUGCAGCGCCGAUCAGCCUCCAGAGAUCCCCAAUCACAAUUCCCAUCUGGCAGUCAACGCCUGUUUCGUCACAUAAGCCAUAUCAGCAUAGUCAGAUAAACGCCGAACACAUCGCAGAGAUUACUGGGAAACUUUACCAAGCUGCGCAAUCGCCUAUAGCGGCUGACGUCGCCUACUAUGUCGGUCUAUGGGAGGAGUUGCACGAUUGUCAUUGGAGUUACAUGCGUAGCCACAGCACAGAGAAAUCGGCUCAAUGCUGGCCGGAGUUCAUUAAGGAUCAAGCUCAGAAUAGAAGCUCUUGUGGACCUGUCAUGUUUCUUCAACUUGGCCCAGAAGUCGCGAUUUGUUCAAAGGCCCUCAAGAUAAUCCUGAAGCUUCUCGAUCAUCCCAAUGCGCUGACCUUCUCAGGUGCCGAGAUCCUGGCUGAAAUUUACAAUGUCAUGAUGCAACGAAACGCAACAUCAGAGACACCAACUUAUCCGACACUUCGAGACGUACAAGAGGCCCAAGGUAUUUUCUUCACCAAUCAGGCCAUGGAAGUCUCUAUUCUUCCAAAAGGUUACAGAUCUAACAUCAAUGUUAUGAUUCGUGGACCACCUGAAAACCCAAAAUUCGGUUACACAGCAAAAUCAAGCCUGAGUUACAAGAAAGGGAGAAUUAAAGCCACGAAUCUCAAUACCAUCAUGUUCAAUCUGGUCUGGAAAAGACGUUCUUGCUUCACGGUCAACCCCAAAGUACGUCUCUCCCUGCGCGACCACUGCAGCCAUUCUCUGCGCUUGAUCCCUUUGGGCGGCUUGUGCGCCUGGAAAGCUUCAUUGAAUCUCUCAGAUCGCGGUGCUUAG